AUUCAAUGCGUUAUCGUGUUUGUGCGGUGGAUCCAAUAUGAUCAUAGUCAAUUAUGUUUUUCCCCGAAAUCACGUGUUUCGUCGUUGCGAUACGACAAUGAGUUGAAUUAUUUGGAAAUUCAUUGAUGGGGAGAAUAUUGUGCUGCCGACCGAGUUUAACAUCCCAUAAUUUAUCAAUAAUUAAUAUCGUUAUGCUAAGUAUGGUUACGUUUGAGGCUCGUUCAAGGUGUUGUGCAAACCGCUGUCGUAGCGCGGUUGAGUGAAUUUUUCUAUAUGUAUGCUACGUCCAUGUAGGUGGUUGUCCUUAGACGGUGGGUUAUUGUUCUUUCGUGUAUUUUCCCUCUCCCUUAUUUAUUUUUUGAAUUUUAUAUGGACAGCUGAGAGUGUACGGGUUUAGUGACAAACCGAUACGGCCGUCGCCCGAGAGGGUCGCUAAAAUUGUCCGGACGAUGUUACACCAGUGAAAUUUAUUACUCCGUCGUCGUUGUAGCAACAUUUACGUGUGUUGAUGUGCGGUAAUUAAUGUAGUAGUCCGGUUAACGACAUAAAUCCAGAAAAUACUUUCUAGUAUGUCUGGCGAUUACUAUGCUGUUUUGGGAGUUACCCAAAACGCCACUAUAAAUGAUAUUAAAAAAGCUUAUAGAAAAUUGGCAUUAAAAUGGCAUCCAGACAAGAAUCCAGAUAAUCAGGAACAAGCUAAUAGAAUGUUCAAAACUAUAUCUGAAGCCUAUGAAGUCUUAUCUGAUGAGGCAAAGAGAAAGUUGUACGAUGACCAGCGUAAAAGAAAAACGUCCGCUACAUCCAGACCAUUCUUCUACAACUUCUUUGAAAGUCCAUUUCAUCGAUAUUUUGACAAAAAACGUAAAGUUUAUAAUCAAUAUGGUAAAGAUGGUUUAAUUAAUGGUGGAGCAGGAAAUGGUGGUCGCCGAAGAGGCUCCCGACACACUAGUCAUUAUGAUCCAUUUGGUCAAGACUUUGGACCCGGAUUUUUCAAUUUUACAUUUAGAGAUCCUGAGGAUGUUUUUAGAGAAUUUUUCAAUACCUCAGAUAUCACAGACUUACUGUUUCCAGGCCAAAGAUUUAAUGGGCAUCAUGAAAUGUCGACAAUGAUGAAUCCAUUUGGAUUUGGUGGUUUUGGUGGUGGAUUUGGUUCCGGUUUUGAUGACAUGUUUUCCAUGGCAAACUCUGGUUUUGCUAGUAACGGUGGUAAUGAUGGUAUUGUUAAAAGAACAUCAAUAUCCACUAGAUUUGCUAAUGGAAAAAAGAUAACUACUAAAAAAAUUUCUGAAGGUGGUAAAGAAAUUGUGGAAACAUAUGAGAACGAUAUGCUCAAGUCAAAAACUAUCAAUGGUAUUGCACAAGCCAUUGCAUAUAACCACUAGUUCGAUCUCCUAUCUGCUUCUUCUAUACUGCAAAUAAUAAGUUUAUGAUAAUAAAAAUUCAUUUUUGUAUGAAAUUAUAAAUUAAACUUUUGUAAAAUAAUUAUUAUAUCAUAUUUUUUUUAUUUGUGAAAAAAUAGUAAAUAUUGCUAGGGUUUUCUUUUUUUUAAUAGUUGUGACAUUUUAAUUAAGGAAAUUAAUUCUUUUAUCUAAAGCACUUAAUCAACAACAGUUUCCACUGAUUAAUAAGACUUACACUAUUUUUAUGCGCUUUCAUAAUUUUAUUUAAAUAAAUAAUGAAUAAGUAUUUUAACUUAAUUACUAUUUGGUAUUCCAUGUUUAAAACUAAAUAUAUAAAUACCAUAUUUUAUUUAUUAUAAUAAUAAUUGAUAUUAAUUGUUGUAAAAAGAAAACUUGAUCUUUGCUCUGUAUAAUGAUAAUUUCUUUUAGAGUAAUAAUAGAGGGUUCCAUCAUCUUAUUGUGUUUUCUACGUAUUAUGUUGAAUGAGAAUUCAUUUCGUAUUAUGGUGUAUCACCAACAUUGUACUUAUAUUAUUAAUGAGAUAUUAAUAUAAAUAAAUAUUUAAUGUUCAAAAUA